CGCCCACAUGAAAGUCAAUUUUGGCGUCAUUCAGAGUCCGAUAUUUUUGCGUAAACUUGACGCUACUGAAAAUGUCUGAGAAAUUUGUUAUUUUCAAACAGAUAACAGAAGAUUACAUGUGUUUAUGGUAGUUGUGUGUAUCCCGCUGCUGAUUCAAUCCCUGACUCCCGUUAAAUCUCCAAGACAGCUUUUUUAUUUCAUCUAUCUUUGUUCCGUUCAGUUCAAUUUAAUGGAAAUGGCAUCCUCUUCCGUAGCCAGGCAAAAUCAAUCUCAAUUAGAAAACAUUUUUGAUGAGCUUGCACCUUAUUCAGCACCUAAAUCUACAGAGCCUUGGGACGUUUUUAUUAAUCACUGUGGACGUGAUGUGAAACACACAUUGGCCACCACCAUCUACCAUAAACUUCAUUCCAUUGGACUGCAUGUAUUUCUAGAUCUGGAAGCCCUUGAGGCUGGUGAUUCUAUUCCAGCAGAAAUACAACACGCUAUAGCUAGUGCUACCCUUCAAAUUGCCAUUUUUUCUCCGACGUAUGCCCAAUCCCCAUGGUGUUUGGCUGAGCUAUCUUCCAUGCUCAAAACUGGUGCAACAAUUAUUCCCAUUUUCUAUCAUAUUGAGCCCUCUGAUCUCAGAUGGAUUGAGCCAGGAAAAGGAAAAUAUGCUGAUGCAUUUUCAGAGCAUGAAAAGAAGGGCAGAUACACACCAGAAAAGCUUAAUGUGUGGAGAAGGGCACUCCGUGACAGUUCAUUCAUAUCAGGGUACACCAUCAAUAAUAACAAGGAUGAGGCCACAGUUUUGAAGAAUAUUGUGAAUUGUACAUUUCAAAUCAUGAAAAAAGUUCCAUUAUGGGUAGCCGAACAUCCACUUGGAUUGGAUGAGCUGAUACAAGGCUUCGAAUCAGUUGCAGGAGAAGAGAAAGUAAAAAUCAUGGGGAUCGCAGGCAUAGGAGGUAGUGGUAAAACCACAUUGGCCAAAGAGCUGUUCAACAGGAACUUUUCCUCUUUUGAGAGAUGCAGUUUCGUUUUCGAUGUGCGAGAUGCAGCAUCCAGAAAUGCUCUGUCUGACAAGCAGAAAAAGCUUCUGGCUGAUCUUGGUGUCCAUGAUUUGCCAUUCGACAGUGUAGACGAAGGCAAGAUCAUUCUUGCAAAUCGUCUGAGCUCUCAUCGAGCGCUCAUAGUGUUAGAUGACGUUGAUCACAUCGACCAACUAAGUGCUCUGUUACCCAAUAAAGACAACCUUGGAUCCCAAAGUAUGGUUAUUGUAACAACCCGGGAAUUGGGUGUCCUUAAAUCAUGGGGUAUCUCCAGCAUUUAUAAAAUGCCAGGACUUAGCAUGCCACAUGCUGGUCAGUUGUUCUGCUGGCAUGCUUUCUUGCAGCCCUUUCCACCUCCUGGAUUUGAAGUUCUGGUCCAGAAAUUCUUAAAGGCGUGCAAUAGCUUGCCUUUGUCACUGAAGGUAUUGGGGGCACAGUUAUAUGGGAAAAAGUCUAGAGAUUACUGGAAAUCCCAAUUAAAUAAGAUCUUAAGAAUAUUGCCUGGCGAAAUCAAAGAAAGGCUACAA